UGGCUCUUGACUGCGGCUUUCCGGGAGAGGCCCUGCCAAGCCUGGCACGGUCGAGCCCUCCUGGGCUCUGUCAAGGACUGGGCCGAGGCCCAGGCUACGACUCAGAGGCCAGCCCCGCACCAUCUUGGCGCCGUCAGUGCUCCGGGCUCUGCCACUGGGCCUCCAGUCGGCAGGAGCGCCGGGCCUCACCCACGACCUCCGUGGCCGAAAGUGAGUCUGAUGCCCGCGGCUCCCGGGGCCGGAACGACGAGGAAGGGUGUCCGGAGCUCGCAGGUGUGAGGACGUAGUGGGCAUGGCGGGUAAACCAUUGUAGGGCCCUGAAGCGCGAGGUAUCUGCUGCACCCAGAGAUGCUGCAGGAUAAAGGUCUGUCGGAAAGUGAGGAGGCCUUCCGGCCCCCGGCCCCAGCGCUGGGCGAGGCCAGCGUCACCAACGCCACCAACGCCCCGGAGCCUGUGCUGGCCGCGCCGGGCCUCGGCGGAGCCGCGCUCGGCAGCCCCCCGGGCCCCGGCACCGACGUCGCCGCUGCUGGUGUUUCGGAGCAGACCAUCGAGAACAUCAAGGUGGGGCUGCACGAGAAGGAGCUCUGGAAGAAGUUCCACGAGGCGGGUACCGAGAUGAUCAUCACCAAGGCGGGCAGGAGGAUGUUCCCCAGCUACAAGGUCAAAGUCACAGGCAUGAAUCCCAAGACCAAGUACAUCCUGCUGAUUGACAUUGUCCCUGCUGAUGACCAUCGCUACAAGUUCUGUGACAACAAAUGGAUGGUAGCUGGGAAGGCAGAACCGGCCAUGCCAGGCAGGCUGUACGUACACCCGGAUUCUCCUGCCACUGGGGCCCAUUGGAUGCGACAGCUGGUCUCUUUCCAGAAGCUGAAGCUGACGAACAACCACCUGGACCCCUUUGGCCAUAUCAUCCUCAACUCCAUGCACAAGUACCAGCCGCGGCUCCACAUUGUCAAGGCCGACGAGAACAAUGCCUUCGGCUCCAAAAACACGGCUUUCUGCACCCACGUGUUCCCAGAGACCUCCUUCAUCUCUGUGACCUCCUACCAGAAUCACAAGAUUACACAGCUGAAAAUUGAAAACAACCCUUUUGCCAAGGGGUUCCGGGGCAGUGAUGACAGUGAUCUGCGUGUGGCCAGGCUGCAGAGCAAAGAGUACCCCGUGAUUUCCAAAAGCAUCAUGCGGCAGAGGCUUGUCUCCAGCCAGCUGGCAGCCAAGCCCGACGUGAGCCCCCUGCAGAGUGCCCACCAGGCGCUGCAGCACUACCAGUAUGAGAACGGGGCCCACAUGCAGUUCGCCGCGGCUGAGCCACAGGACCUUCCUCUCAACACCUUCCCCACCCAGAGGGACUCCAGCCUCUUCUACCACUGCCUGAAGAGACGAGACAGCGCCCGUCACCUGGAUGUGCCCUGCAAGCGGUCCUAUCUGGAAGCCCCCUCUUCAGUGGGGGAAGAUCACUACUUCCGUUCUCCCCCUCCCUACGACCAACAGAUGCUGAGCCCCUCCUACUGCGGCGAGGUGACCCCGAGAGAAGCAUGCAUGUACUCAGGUUCAGGGCCCGAGAUCCCCGGGGUGUCCGGGGUGGACGACCUGGCCCCGCCCCCGCUGAGCUGUAACAUGUGGACUUCGGUCUCACCGUACACCAGCUACAGCGUCCAGGCCAUGGAGACUGUGCCCUACCAGCCCUUCCCCACGCACUUCACUGCCACCACCAUGAUGCCCCGGCUGCCGGCCAUCUCAGCGCAGGGCUCCCAGCCGCCGGGAAACGCCCACUUCAGUGUCUACAACCAGCUGUCACAGUCUCAGGUGCGGGAGCGGGGCCCUGCCGCCUCAUUCCCGCGUGAGCGGGGCCUCGCGGGCGCCAUGUGCGAGCGCAAGCCACCCUCUCCACACGUGAAUGCUGCCAGCGAGUUCCUGUACUCUCAGAGCUUCUCCUUGUCCCGCGAGGCCUCCCUACAGUACCAUUCAGGAAUGGGGACAGUCGAGAACUGGACUGAUGGGUGACCCCCCAUGUCUCCUCCUCCGUGCAACAGCCCCCCCGAACCUUGUCAAUCCAGGACUGACUAUGGGUGGCCUGUGCAAGCAGGAAACAGAGGAAGGUAUUUCACAGUGUGUGUGUGAGUAUGUGUGUGUGCGUGCAUGUGUGUGCACCUCUGUCCAUGCUCCUGGGCCGUCCAUCUUCUGAUGUACAGUUGAGGCCGUCCCAAGAAAAACAAAGCGAGCUAAGAAGCAUGACUGUGGCUGCAGGCUCUGGGCCCAGCGCUACCUGACAUAUCUGGACGUGCGGGGGGUGGGGAGGGCAGAGGAGGUCCACAGGGGUCUGUUUAGAAGUUUCUAAAGCACAGUCGUGGAUUUACUCAGGGCCAGGGGGCGGGGGUCUCUCCCCCAGGGAAGGCCCCUCGCUGCUGCAGUGGGAAGGCUUCGUCCAUGUCUCGGAGGUGCAAGGGUGUGCAUAAGGCAUUUUUGGGCAGCGGGCAGUCCACUGCUGUGGCUUCUGGAGUGCCCCUCUGGGAGGGG